AUGGUGCGCUCGCAACUCCGCGACUAUAUAAGCGAGCGUCCCAGGCAGCUUCCGGGUCGUCUCCCGGUUCAUCCACUCGAGCCGCGUUCUCGUCCCCGUCCCCACUCCGCACUGAUGUCGCAAAACUCGUCCAUUUUCAACUCGCCCAAGCUAUACUCCCCUGACUACUACGCGGCGUGCACGAUCGGCGGCCUCGUCGCGUGCGGGCCCACGCACUCCGCGGUCACGCCGCUCGACCUCGUCAAAUGUAGAAGACAAGUAGACUCCUCGCUGUACAAGUCGAACCUCGAGGGCUGGCGCCAGAUCAUCAAGACCGAGGGCGGCGUCGGCAAGAUCUUCACCGGCGUCGGCGCCACGGCGAUCGGGUACUCGCUGCAGGGCGCGUUCAAGUACGGCGGCUACGAGUUCUUCAAGCACCAGUACUCGCAGCUGGUGUCGCCGGAAACCGCGCACCAGUACCGCACCGGGAUCUUCCUGGCCGCGUCCGCGUCCGCGGAGUUCAUCGCCGACCUCUUCUUGUGUCCCUGGGAGGCCAUCAAGGUGCGUCAGCAGACCGCCGUGCCGCCUCCGUUCGCGCGCAACGUCUUUGAGGCCUACAGCAAGAUGGUGGGCGCCGAGGGCUUCGCCAGUCUCUACAAGGGCAUCACGCCGCUGUGGUGCCGCCAGAUCCCCUACACCAUGUGUAAGUUCACAUCUUUCGAGCGCAUCGUCGAGAUGAUCUACGCGCGCCUGCCCACGCCCAAGCGCGAGAUGUCGCAGCUGGGCCAGAUCGGCGUCUCGUUCGCGGGCGGCUACCUGGCCGGCAUUCUGUGCGCCGUGGUCUCGCACCCGGCGGACGUGAUGGUGUCCAAGGUCAACAACGAGCGCAAGAAGGGCGAGUCCAUGAUGGAGGCCACCUCGCGCAUCUACGCCAAGAUCGGCUUCCCGGGCCUGUGGAACGGGCUUGCGGUCAGAAUCCUCAUGAUCGGCACUCUCACGAGUUUCCAGUGGUUGAUCUACGACUCUUUCAAGGCCACCGUUGGCCUGCCAACCACCGGCUGA